AUGUCUAAAUAUAUCAAUAACAACAGCAAUGCAUCCACGUCUUAUAAUAGUAUCUAUAAUGUUAGAGAACGUUUUCAACGAAUGACGGGAAAAUUUGAGGCAUCGGAGACGGCAAUUGAUGAUGGAGUAUCAAAUAUUGCAGGCAUUAACCGCGGUGGUAGCGUUAAUGAAACAGAGGAACAUCAUGUUGGUUCAUACGAAAUUACAUUUUCUUCCAAUAGUAAGUUCAUUAAUUAUCGAGAACACCCAAAACAGAGUCACUUAAUAACGCCAGAACGAAGCCAGACGCGCUCUAUCAAACUUAGCGUGGAAAAAUGUGAAAAAACAGAGGAUAAUCAAAUAAAAAAAAAACCGUAUACACGCUGUAUUUUAAGUACUCCGUAUCCUUUAGGAAAAACAGAAAACUUUGUAUACGAGACACCGAUCAUACCUACGUCGCCAGCACAAAAAUCAGCUAUACCUCCUAAUGUAAUGAUUCCGCCUGGAAAAUCUUUAGAUUCAUUCUUGCCAUUAGCGAGGGAUCCAUUAAAUUCACCAAUGCCUAAACCUAAUCCAAUUUAUAAACAAGAACCAUUUGGUCGAAGUAAGCGAGCCAGUACUGACAUAUUCGUUCCAAAGAAUACAAAUAUUGACAUAUAUACUAAAGGCGUAAAUAGUCUGACUAAUGGAAAAAGGACCAGAUACAUGAUCAAAUCCAAUGAUGCAGCAAAUAAGGUGAAGAGCAAUAAACCAAUAACCAAAGAACAUGAUAGGUCAUUCAAUUCUAAGAAAUUUAGAAGAACCACGAUUGAAGAAAAUAAAAAAUCAAUUAUAUGUAGAAGAUAUGGAUAUGGAUUUUUAGGAAAAAGAAAUUACAAUUCUUCGGAUGAAUCAUCAUCAGAUUUCGAAGUUGAUCCAUCAAUAGGCCGAUUUGCUCAAGUUAAAGUAACAGAAUCUAAUUCAAAAAUUGCUCGACGAAAUACAAAACCAGGCUAUUAUUCAGCGAACUUCUCGUCAGAUGAUGAAGAACCGGCAUCAAAAAGAAUCCGAAGAAUAACUAGAAAUCAUAAACCAUCGGGAUGCUAUACUGCGAAUUUUAGUUCGGAUGGCGAUUUUGACGCUGAUGAUGAGAUUAAAUCAAAAACAAACGCUUCUACGUCUAAGACGAGCUCGUCUCGAAGUAUAGCUUUUGGAGGUCUAUUACCUCAAAAUCAGAUCCCUCAUCGCCAUUACAACAAGACCUUCGGAACCUCAAUCUUUUCCCCCAGAAAACCUUAA